AUUGGCAGGCUGACGGUGACACGUGCCUCUCUCUCAACACCCCCGAGCUCCCGUGUACCGCAUUGGCAUCAGCGACGGCCACUGAAACACAGUCGAAGCUGUGCCACGGAUACUGAUAACGGAAAGCCCGCUCAAAAUUACGCACAUUCUCCUUUUACGCACAGCACAUUAAACCUGUCCCCGCACCUGGGAAGCGCGCCUCGGUGUUUGGAGCCGAAACAAAAGAGAGGAGUGGACGAACAGGAUGCAGGCGCCAGGUAUCAUCUACGUCUGAAAGUGACAUGAUCCACGAAAUUCGCCAAAACACCAGGCGUGAUUUCAGUCAGAACUGGAGAUAACGAAUACGCGUCACCACGAGAGUCCGUCCUCUUCUCGCUCCGUUGAUGCGCAGAAAAAGAACUCUGGUCGCACACUAAAUUCGUUCAAUCUAAAAUACAUCUGCAGAGGUGUUUGAACAUUGAUCUAAUUGAGGAAAGCAAUCAUGGCCACGUUAAUUAGAAGCAAGAUCUCAAACAAGCUGUCUAAUGCGGCCACCACCGUCACCAAUAAGUCGCAGGCGAAGGUGAGUGGGAUGUUCGCCAAAUUGGGCUUCCAGGCCGCCACGGACGAGGAGGGUUUGGGCUUCGCCGCCUGUGAUGAUCUGGACUAUGACCACCGGCAGGGGCUUCAGAUGGACAUCCUUAAAAACGAUGAAAUUGGGGGAGAGGGCGGUGGGGACAUGGGUGGAGAGGGCACUUUCGAAGGGGACAGCCAUUACCAGAGGGAUGGAACGGGUCCACCGCCCUCAGCGUCCAAAGACGGAAAUCUUUGCUCCGAAAUUGCCAAUCUGGACAAGCCAAAAAUUACUGCUUGGGAGGCAGGAUGGAACGUGACCAACGCGAUCCAGGGGAUGUUCGUUCUCGGGUUACCGUACGCCAUUCUCCACGGCGGAUAUCUCGGACUGUUCCUCAUUAUAUUUGCUGCGGUCGUGUGCUGCUACACGGGGAAAAUCCUCAUCUCCUGCCUCUACGAAGAGAACGAAGACGGGCAGCUGGUACGAGUGAGAGACUCGUAUGUGGAUAUUGCCAACGCCUGCUGCGCGCCGCGCUUUCCCGCGCUGGGAGGCCACAUCGUCAAUGUUGCCCAAAUCAUUGAGCUCGUGAUGACCUGCAUUUUGUACGUCGUAGUCAGCGGGAACCUGAUGUACAACAGCUUUCCGAAUUUCCCGGUGUCGCAGAGGUCAUGGGCCAUCAUCGCCACCGUCGCUCUCCUGCCUUGCGCCUUCCUCAAGAACCUCAAAGCCGUGUCCAAGUUCAGCUUGCUCUGCACCCUCGCGCACUUUGUCAUCAACAUCCUCGUGAUCGCCUACUGUCUGUCCCGGGCACGAGACUGGGCGUGGGACAAGGUGAAGUUUUACAUCGACGUCAAGAAGUUCCCCAUCUCCAUCGGCAUCAUCGUGUUCAGCUACACCUCGCAGAUCUUCCUGCCCUCGCUGGAGGGUAACAUGCAGAAACCCAGCGAGUUCCACUGCAUGAUGGACUGGACUCACAUCGCUGCCUGCAUCCUCAAAGGCCUGUUCGCCCUGGUGGCUUACCUGACGUGGGCGGACGCGACCAAGGAAGUCAUCACGGACAACCUGCCGCCAGGCAUCCGGGCCGUCGUCAACCUCUUCUUGGUGUCCAAAGCGCUGCUGUCGUACCCGCUGCCGUUCUUCGCCGCGGUCGAGGUGCUGGAAAAGUGUUUCUUCCAGGACGGAGGGCGCGCGAUAUUCCCGGACUGCUACGGGGGCGACGGGCGCCUCAAAUCGUGGGGUCUGUCUCUCCGGUGCGCCCUGGUUGUGUUCACGAUGCUCAUGGCCAUUUACGUGCCGCACUUCGCGCUUCUCAUGGGGUUAACGGGCAGCUUGACGGGCGCCGGUCUGUGCUUUCUUCUGCCCAGUCUCUUUCAUCUCAAGCUGCUCUGGAGGAAGCUCUUAUGGCACCAGGUGUUCUUCGAUGUGGCGAUAUUUGUGAUCGGGGGUAUAUGCAGUAUUUCUGGCUUCAUUCAUUCCGUUGAGGGGCUCAUCGAGGCAUACAAAUACAACAUCCAGGAUUAGUUGGGGAAAUGAUCGAUUGGUGAUACGUGUUACAACACAUCCCACCUAUUAUUGAUAACCAAACCGAUAAGUUUUCACCCCCCCCCCAUUCGACUUUAACAAAACGUGUCUGCAAAAUAGAAUUCACCAUAGAACAAUAAACGAAUUAUUCUGCAAUGCAACAAACGCUAGGAGGGAUGAUUUGGACAACAACACGUGAUAUUAGAAAUAGAACUAAACAUCUGUUUUUAAGUGAGUUAAAAGUUGAUUUACAAGAGGAUGUAUCGAAUGAGAAUAGAACUGCAGGAAGAAAUAAUUCAUUUUACGUUCAAGAAUAAAAUAACGCGUGAUUUGCAAUACACAGUAAAACAACAGCAGAUCAUUAUUUACAUCACGGCAAUAAAAUAUGAGUAGAACAAACUGAAGUAUAUUCCGAAAUUCUAUUGGAGGACACAUACAAGUCUUAUUUCUUAUAUUUCGCAUUACUUUAACCAAAAUGACUCGGAGAGGGCGAUAUAGAAACUGUAUCUGGACGGUGAAUAGAAAUACUUUAACUAUGCAGUUUGAACAUAUGAUGUCCGUGCAGUAUUAGAAAUAUUCCGAUGAAUAGAAAUCGAGAGGGUUUAAUUCACACAUACGGAUUUACCGGAUACACACACAGAGACUCCGUCCAAUAUCAUCAGCGAUGAAGAUGAUGAAGAAAAAUAUUAAUAUAUGAAUCAGAAUUUCCAGCAGAAAGAAAUUAAACCACGAACUCAAAAUCACUAAAGUUGAAUUUCGAGCAUUGCGUGUUUAUUGGGAAUUAAUAUAUCUAUAUAUCUAUAUAUAUCAAUAAUAAUAAUAAUAAUAAUCUUCAUUUUCCCCUAAAGUGAAAUUUAUUUACAACGUGUUUGGAUCGAAAUCAAGCUGUCUGACUCAAUACUCGAAAUAAAGAGACUUGCAUAAGACAUUUGUCAUUGUGUGCAAUCCAACGGGUGCUGUGGACAUGUUAUAAACCGUGUGUGUUGUGUUAUUGUGGUUUAAAAGAUGGAAUGUAUAUCACAAAAUCGUUAUCAUAUAUUGUGAAAAUGAAUAUAUUGAAGAAUAAAGAAACGCGUGAAAUUAUAUUGUACAACUGUUUUGAUUUGAUUUUGAUGUGACAUAAAAGACAAAGACACACAACAAUAAAAUCAAUCUGAGUCACCUGAGCUUUAUUCCACACCUCAUUUACAUGCACAUAGUCUCGAUUAUGUUUGAUUGCUUGUUGUUGAAUUGAAGAGAUGUGUAAUGUUAUUUUACGAGUACUGGUGUAUUUGUCAAAGUGAGAAAUAAAAGACAUAUUUAAU